GCCUGCCCGCGCGCCCUCCAGAAGCUGCGGCGCGGCGGUGAUGCACACGGAGAGGCUGCGGCCGGCGGCGGCGGCGGUAGGCGCCCUGUGUGAUGCGAGCGUCGCGGAGGGGAUGCUGGCUUCGCGGCAGUGAGCGGGCGCGAGCCAGGGGUGGAGGACGGACUAAUUCGGAUCUGGCUGCCGUGUGGGUUCGGAUCUCUCUCUCUCUCUCCCGUCUCUGUGUCGCUUUCCCCCCUGUAUUUUGUUCUUGGUUUGCAUAUUUAAAAUCUCUGGACUAUCCGCUCCCCACCACCGAAGUCCUCCCGUCUCUAAAUGGAAUUAGUGGAGCUCGGAGCCUCUGGUGUAACGCACAGACAUGAUCCAUGGACGCAGUCUGAUUCACAUUGUAGCAAGUUUAAUCAUCCUCCAUUUCUCUGGGGCAACCAAGAAAGGAACAGAGAAGCAAACCACAUCAGAAACACAGAAAGCAGUGCAGUGUGGAACUUGGACAAAACAUGCCGAUGGAGGUAUCUUCACGUCUCCCAACUAUCCUAGCAAGUACCCCCCUGACCGAGAGUGUGUCUACAUCAUAGAAGCUGCCCCAAGACAGUGCAUUGAACUUUACUUUGAUGAAAAAUACUCGAUUGAACCAUCUUGGGAGUGCAAAUUUGAUCACAUUGAAGUUAGAGAUGGACCUUUUGGCUUUUCUCCAAUAAUUGGACGUUUUUGUGGGCAACAAAACCCACCUGUUAUAAAAUCCAGUGGACGAUUUCUGUGGAUUAAAUUUUUUGCUGAUGGAGAACUGGAGUCUAUGGGAUUCUCGGCUCGUUACAACUUCACACCUGAUCCUGACUUUAAGGACCUUGGAGUUUUGAAACCAUUACCAGCGUGUGAGUUUGAGAUGGGUGGCCCAGAAGGAAUUGUGGAGUCCAUACAAAUUUUGAAGGAAGGCAAAGCUUCUGCCAGCGAGGCUGUGGACUGCAAAUGGUACAUUCGAGCCCCUCCACGAUCCAAGAUAUACUUGCGAUUCUUGGACUAUGAGAUGCAGAAUUCAAAUGAAUGCAAAAGGAAUUUUGUGGCUGUGUACGACGGAAGCAGUUCUGUGGAGGAUUUGAAGGCCAAGUUCUGUAGCACUGUGGCAAAUGACGUGAUGCUCCGCACAGGUCUGGGGGUGAUCCGCAUGUGGGCAGACGAGGGCAGCCGCAGCAGCCGAUUUCAGAUGCUCUUCACAUCCUUUCAAGAACCUCCUUGUGAAGGAAAUACAUUCUUCUGCCACAGUAACAUGUGUAUCAAUAAUACACUAGUCUGCAAUGGACUCCAGAACUGUGUAUAUCCUUGGGAUGAAAAUCAUUGUAAAGAAAAGAGGAAAACCAGCCUGCUGGACCAGCUGACCAACACCAGUGGGACUGUCAUUGGCGUGACUUCCUGCAUUGUGAUCAUCCUUAUUAUCGUUUCUGUCAUUGUACAGAUCAAACAGCCUCGUAAAAAAUACGUCCAAAGGAAAUCAGACUUUGACCAGACCGUUUUCCAGGAGGUCUUUGAGCCUCCGCACUAUGAGCUGUGUACUCUCAGAGGGACAGGAGCAGCAGCCGACUUUGCAGAUGUGGCAGAUGACUUUGAAAAUUACCAUAAACUGCGGAGGUCCUCUUCCAAAUGCAUUCAUGACCAUCACUGUGGAUCCCAACUGUCCAGCGCAAAAGGCAGCCGCAGUAACCUCAGCACAAGAGAUGCUUCGAUCCUGACAGAAAUGCCUGCGCAGCCUGCCAAGCCCCUCAUUCCACCCAUGAACAGACGAAACAUUCUCGUCAUGAAACACAACUACUCACAAGAUGCUGCGGAUGCCUGUGACAUCGACGAGAUCGAGGAGGUGCCAACCACGAGUCACAGGCUCUCCAGACACGACAAAGCCGUCCAGCGGUUCUGCCUCAUUGGGUCUCUAAGCAAACACGAAUCUGAAUACAACACAACUAGGGUCUAAAAAGAAAAUUCAAGAGAAGAACUAUUUAUACAAACAUGGGGACUGUGGAAAGGAAAUUCUAUAGUGAAUUGUGAAAAGUGGACAUAUUUCUAAAUUCAUUCCACUGCCUUUAUCCAAACUUAAGAAUUGCAGACAUUUGUUACUUCUCCGGCAAGACAUCCCCGCUGCACAAUGAUAUAUUCAUUUUGUAAUUUGGUUGCUGGCCACCAAGUGCUCCUUAGUUUUUAAAUACAUUUUGAGAUUUACUGGAAACUUGAAGAAGAAAUUAGUUCCUGAUUAAGACUACCCCAACUUUAUUUUUAUUGUCAGUUUCACUUUUGUUUUAUGUUGUUUAUGUCUGUUAUAUAAUUGUACAUUGUGUGAUAUGUGAAAAAA